GAAUUUUGGCCAAUGAGAAGUCGACGUCGUUUCCCUCCACUGGCAGUCAUGGCGCCACCCGUGAGGUACUGCAUUCCCGGCGAACGUCUGUGUAACUUGGAGGAGGGCAGCCCGGGCAGCGGCACUUACACCCGACACGGCUACAUCUUUUCUUCGCUGGCUGGCUGCCUGACGAAGAGCAGCGAGAACGGCGCGCUUCCAGUCAUUUCUGUAAUGAGAGAAACAGAGUCCCAACUACUACCGGAUGUGGGGGCUAUUGUAACCUGUAAGGUCUCUAGCAUCAAUUCACGCUUUGCCAAAGUGCACAUCCUGUAUGUAGGGUCCACACCACUUAAGAACUCUUUUCGAGGAACUAUACGCAAGGAAGAUGUCCGAGCUACUGAAAAAGACAAGGUAGAGAUUUAUAAGAGUUUCCGCCCAGGUGACAUUGUCUUGGCCAAAGUGAUCUCCCUGGGUGACGCACAAUCCAACUACCUCCUGACCACUGCUGAGAACGAGCUCGGGGUGGUGGUGGCCCAUAGUGAAUCGGGUGUCCAGAUGGUUCCCAUUAGUUGGUGUGAGAUGCAGUGCCCUAAGACCCACACUAAAGAAUUCCGGAAAGUGGCCCGAGUGCAGCCUGAAUUCCUGCAGACCUAAGAAGCCACAUUUUACCCCACGGAGAGGGUCUGUUUCUUCUGUAAACUGGGGAUAGCAGCCCUUUCAGAGGUGAUGAAGAUUAGAGACUGUGUAUGUUAACAUGCCUCAGCCAAUGGCCGGCACAGAGGAGCUUCGUGAGAGCUUCCCAGACAGAGGCCCCUAUUUCCUCCUGGUAGAAGAAAGGCAUUAAGAGCUUUUUCUUGCCUUGGAGUCUCUCUUAUGAUCCCACAAUCUUUUCAAAGACCUUAGAGAGAAGGUAAAUGUGAGCCAUGCCCCUUCCUAAUUAUUUAUAUAAUGUAAUCAACUUCUUUUCUCCUGCAUCAUUUUAUAAAGUUGUAUGUAAUUUCUGAGGAUGAAAAGUGAAUAAAGUUUAUAGAUUUCUAAUAGAAAAAUAUUAGCUUUUUAAAGUAAACAAGUCUUUACCUUACUCAAAAGGCAUAAUGGGGUUUCAGAAUUUCAUUUUCCACUCAAGUGGUACUCAGUAACCAGCAUCACUGAACAAGAGCGGUAGAGGCAAUAGGAAUGGAGAGUUCAGCUAAGAUGACCUGCUCCCCUACACCUCAGCUCCCCAACCUAAGAUGGAAAACCUA